UGGUGUGCUCUAGGUGAGGCGUGAUUCCAUACCCACAGAUGCUGCCGAGCUCUUACCCUCUACAUCCGGAACUCACCUUCUCUCGCUCUCACGCACCGGAAGUUACCCGGAGCGCUUUGGCAGCCGGACCUGACACAGGUGGGGACGUCAGAGCUGCCCUGCUUGCCCUUGCUGCCCGGCUUCAAUCCCGGGGAUUGAUGCUGGCUUGUGUGGGGAGGGGGCCUGCUCCGGAGAGCCAGCGUUCUCCAAGUGCAGCCACAAGUCUGAUGUGAGGGCACCACAAUAGAGACCAGUCUUGCUGCAGGUGCUGUAUAAUUUGUCUUACAGGAAUCAUGUCUCUGCAGUCGGUAACCACUCGCGUUUUAUUUUACCCGACCUUGCUGUAUAACGUACUGAUGGAGAAGGUGUCUCGCCGGAAGUGGUAUGACCGGAUCGAUGACACUGUGAUCCUGGGAGCAUUGCCCUUCCGAGGCAUGAGUGAAAUGCUAAUUAAAGAGGAGAAUGUUCGUGGGGUCAUCACUAUGAAUGAAGAAUAUGAGACCAGACAUUUGUGCCACAAUUCUCAGCAGUGGGAAGCUUUGGGUGUGGAACAGCUGAGGCUGAGCACGGUUGAUUUCACCGGUGUCCCCACCCUGGAGCACUUACAGAAGGGGGUCGAGUUUGUUCACAAGCACCAAGAAAAGGGCAACAGCGUUUACAUUCACUGCAAGGCUGGCCGCUCCCGCAGCGCUACCAUGGUAGCUGCCUAUGUAAUUGAGAGACAUAAAUGGAAGCCUGACGUUGCCAUGAGUUUUAUAGCAGAAAUCCGGCCACAUAUCCUGAUCCGCAACAGUCAGCAACAAAUGCUGGAGAAGUUCUAUCUAUUGGUCACGAAUCAGGAGGCGCCAGGAUAUGGAGGAUGAAAUGAAGGGGAAUUAUAUGUAUUUUUGUUGUCUUGAGCGUCUAACAAGAAUCUUUCACCAUCAGAUACCUCUUGUACCAUUAGGACAGACUCUAUUUGACAGCUCAGGCCUCAAGACUGUCUAUUACUGCUGUGUGUACAUUCUGUCCUCAUUUAUUGAAGGAAAGAAUGUUUCUCUAGACCGUUGUGUGGUAAUUUUGUCCUUAUUGUAGAGGACAUUUUAUAAAUAUAAAUUGUCUCUAUAAAUAUAUUACAUGUACACAUUUGCAAUGCACACACACACACACACACACACACACACACACACACACACACACACACACACACUAUACAUUAUAUAUGUUAGUUAUUUGGACAUCUAUUAAAGACGGUUUUAGAAAAAUAGAAAUUCAAUAUAUAUAUAUAUAUAUAUAUAUAGACUUAUUCGUGUGUAUGUAUGUGUGGGGUAAAUUUGGCAUCGACUGAACCAAUUUUUAUGGCGUUUUCACAGAACUUUUUCUUGAGAUCCUCCGAGUUAGGGAAGCCAAUCUUGGCUCGGGAUCGCGGGAUUUAGGGCCAAAAACAUCCGGGAUUCAGUCCUGGCAUUGGAAGCUCCACACGGUAUCCUGAUGAUAGAUUGACAACCAAUAGGUUGACCCCAGAUAGUCGACAGUACAAAAGGUCAACACAAGUUUUGUUUUUUCAUACUAUACCAUACACGCAGGCACCUUCUGUGUCAGAUGUGUCCAUGCGAUCUUUAGGAACUUUCAUAUUACGAUAUCUUUGCACUUUAGUUAAGGUAUCGGUUUUUAUUUUUCAACAGUAUUUCCUUGCUAAAAUAAAAAACACUUAACCAUUUGCCUGGCAUGGUCGCAUCAGUGUGUGACCAUGCCUGCAAGUGCUUUAUCUGACCUGGUCACACAGGAUGCGACCAGUCAGAUAAACUGUGUUAGCAACGGCAGGGAAGAGAAACUUCUCUCCGCUGCUGCUCUCAGAGGGACCUUCUAGCACCCAGCCCCCAGUGUUGCCGCGCUGCCGAUCAUUGCUGAGCGGUCAGCACGGCAGGAUCCCCCAGUGGCUGCAGACAAUAGUAGCUGCUGGUAAGUGUAAAUCAUCGACCCCUUUGUGUACCUGACAGCUGUCCGGGCUCUAAAAACUAAAGUUGCAAUGUUACCGAUGGUCACGAUGUUACCGUUCGAUGUUUGACUUUUUUUUUUUUUU